CGUCUCUAAGUGCGCAAGUGCGAGGCGGUCCUACCGAAUGUUUGGCUGGAACUAAUGUUUUUAAGAGCGUUUAUGUCAACUCUCUCAUUUUAAUUUGGGAACAUCUGAGAUUUUGUUUACGCUUUUUUAUUGUGUUGUGUGGGGUUUUUAAGAGAGAAGACGCCGCAGAAUCAAUGAACAGGAGUCAAGUAGUGAGACCUACUUUGAGAGGCGGAGCUCGUGUCUGCUCGAUUCGGCGAGGCGCGUUCGUAAUGAAAGGAGCGCGUGAGCAAAGCUCGCGGUGACUUCCUCGCGCAUCGGCAGCUACAUUGUGUGAAGCGGCACGCUGUUGUCUUCUCCACGCUGAACUACACAGCGAAUCCAGCUUCUUCACGGACAGUUAAAGACGCGGUCUGUUUCCCAGACGCCUCUAAGUUACUCCGGCCUGCAAGCAUGUCUGCCUCGGCGGCAAAAGCGAGUAAAAAGGAGCUGAACUCGAACCAUGACGGAGCGGACGAGACCUCCGAGAAAGAGCAGCAAGAAGCUAUUGAACACAUCGACGAAGUUCAAAAUGAAAUUGACAGGUUGAAUGAGCAGGCCAGUGAAGAGAUUCUGAAAGUAGAACAGAAGUACAACAAACUCCGUCAGCCAUUCUUUCAGAAGAGGUCGGAACUGAUCGCCAAAAUCCCAAACUUCUGGGUCACCACAUUUGUCAACCAUCCACAGGUAUCUGCCCUGCUUGGGGAAGAAGAUGAAGAAGCGCUUCAUUACCUGAGCAGAGUGGAGGUGACAGAGUUUGAAGACAUCAAGUCAGGCUACAGAAUAGAUUUUUAUUUUGAUGAAAACCCAUACUUUGAAAACAAAGUCCUUUCCAAAGAGUUUCAUCUGAAUGAGAGUGGAGACCCAUCUUCAAAGUCAACAGAAAUCAAAUGGAAGUCAGGAAAGGACUUGACCAAGCGUUCCAGUCAGACACAGAACAAAGCAGGCAGAAAGAGGCAACAUGAAGAACCUGAGAGCUUCUUCACUUGGUUCACCGAUCAUGCGGAUGCUGGCGCUGAUGAGCUCGGGGAGGUCAUCAAGGAUGACAUCUGGCCUAACCCUCUCCAGUACUACUUGGUUCCUGAUAUGGAUGAUGAAGAGGGUGAAGGUGAGGAAGAAGAGGAGGAUGAGGAAGGUCUGGAGGACAUAGAUGAAGAAGGAGAUGAAGAUGGAGAAGAGGAGGAGGAGGAUGAUGGAGAAGAUGGGGAGGAUGAUGAGGGGGAAGAUGACUGAGAAAUGCCACCUUGUCAAGAACCCUCUUUUUUGUUUUGUUUUGUUUUUUUUUCCGUUUUUUUUUUUUUCCUUUUUCCCAGUUGUACUCGGGAGCAAUUUUUUUUUAUUUUUAUUUUAUAUUCGUUGGUGCUUCACUUUCCACUCUGAAGCGUCAUCAUUAAUUGGUGCCAUGUUAUGUUUUCCUUUUAUUCAUCAAAGGCCUGUGGCACAAUGCCCUGAAUUGUGAGUACAAUACCUGACUUGAUCUAAAAAAAAAAUAAAAGUCUAAAAAAGAAUCAGUUCAGAAUCUUGA